AUGCCCCGUUCUGAGCGUUUAGUCGUCAAUGGCCGUGCGGGUACUGUAGAGAGCGGCCGUCGCAUCCCUGCAGCCCCACAACGGGUCUGGACAGAGAAACAACAACAACAACAAGAAAAGAAAGUAAUGCCGGUAAAUUAUAAUCUUCUGAGUAUGCAGGAAUCUCGACCCAACACCACAUCUUCUGCCUGUACAGUAUCUACACCAAAUUCUAAAAUGGCACUUUCUUCUUCUUAUCCCACUUGUAAUAUUGGUACUCAAGCAACAUCUGCAAAUAGUCAGAUGCAUGAUCCAAACUCUCCCAUGUUGUAUUCUCCCACUUCCUCUUCCUCAUUAUUAUUAUUAUUUCAAUCUCAACAACAACCACCACAAGAUCAACAACAAUUACAACAACAACUACAAUUGACGACUUCCACUGGAGGAAACAGUGGUGCACUUCUCGAAGGUCCACUUCCGCCUGAAGUGCGGGAAAUUAUUUAUAGUCAAUGCAGUGGUGAAGCGGCGGAGGUGGCUGAACGGCAUGCACGGCGGUUGUUGAGUACAAAUCGUCGAGUUCGUGUUUACCGCGAGGAACUGCAGAGUGCGAUGGAAGAAGUGCGGGAUGUGGCCACACUUGUGCAGCGGCACCACACCGUCCAGCAGGCACUGCGCAGAGAAGUAGAGGAGUUGGAUGCGAAGAUUGCACAACUCCUGCGAGAAAAACAAUAUUGUGAGUUACAGCAACAGGAGGAGGAUCAGGUAACACAACGAAUGGAGACAAAGUUAAGAGAUGCGAAUGAACGUGUGGAGCUGCUGCGUUCAACCAUAGAUAAUAUUACGAAGGGAUCCAUGGCAGGGUAUUUGCUGCUGCAGCAGUUAGUGCCAAAUCUGCAUUUGGAUAAUUAUAUUUCAUAG